AUGAAGGAAAAGGAGAACCUUUCAACCAUCCCCAGAGACGCUGUUAAAGCAGUUAUCCAAUCAGCUCUUACUGAUGGUGCUUUAAGUGACUCCCUCUCUAUGCCCGAUGAUGUAACUUCAAACGAACAGUCAGAUUCGAUUCCAGAUGACUUAUUGUACAGUUAUAGUUUGUCGUCUAAAGAUUGGAAAAAGGCCCAAAAACAGGAUCAAUUGAUUAGUACAAUAAUUGACCAUCUUAACAAUGGUACCAAACCGGCUAAGCCAGAUGGACCAAUGCAUGCAUAUACAAGGGAUUGGUUAAAACUAAUCCUUAAAGAUGGUGUACUAUUUCGAAAAUCACUUGUUAAUGGACACGAAAGACUACAGUUAGUCUUGCCUACCAAUCUGCGAAUCGAUAUCUUUGAAGCUCUGCAUAACGAUUUGGGCCACCAGGGUAGAGACCGAACAACGUCACUAUUUAAAGAAAGAUUUUACUUUCCAGGUCUAGAUACAUUUGUGGCGGACCAAGUUAGAAACUGUGGAAGGUGCAUUAGAAGGAAAAGUCUUUCUUCUAAAGCUGAACUUGUCCCGAUACAGUCUUCGGCACCAAUGCAAGUCGUCUGUUUGGAUUUCUUGUCCUUGGAGAGAAGCAAAGGAGGCUUUGAGGAUAUCCUGGUCAUAACGGACCACUUCAGUCGUUAUGCACAGGCAUAUCCUACCAGGAACCAAACAGCAAGGACAACAGCCAAGAUUCUUUUUGAGAAUUUCAUACUGCAUUAUGUUUUCCGGCGUCCAUCCAUAGCGACCAGGUCCGAACUUCGAGUCUCGUCUGAUUAA